AUAGAUAUUUGUUUUCAUAUCCACUCAUCGAAAAGAAAAAAGAAAAGGCCACCAGCAUCAUAGCAGAGUAGCUGAAAAUUGUCAAAUGGAUACACUCUCUAGAAUUGCUUGCUUCUCCACAUCUCCAAAAUUGUCUCCAAGACCUCCUCUUUUCAAGAAAACCCCACUUUCAGUCUCGGUGUCAAGAGCUAGUGCUCAGCCUCUGAGUGAGCUUGCUGAAGAUGAUGUUUUGCGAGUGUUCUUGAGGGAAAGACAACUAAAUGGAGAUUUUAUAUCCAAAGCUUGUGAUAAGUUUUGGCAGAGGGGGGUUGCGGAAUUUGUUGACGUUGAUGAUGAUAAACUUUCCGACAUUCCUCAAGGAUCAGAGCAGGUCAUGGAAAGUGAUAAUAAUGGUGGGUUUUUGAAACUGUCUAGAACCCAGGAGUGGGUGUUAGGUGAGAAUGCAGCAGCACCAAUGAACAGGAAAGCCAUUGCUAAGGCAUUGCAGGAUGAUAGUGACAGAAGGAAGAGACUGAACCUUCUCGAAUAUGAAGCUCUCAAAAGGGAACUUAUGCUUUUAUCAGUUAGCAUUGGAGCUGCAUGUACCGGUUAUUGCUUAGUAGUUCUAUCGGUACAGGCUGCUGUUAGUUAUGCAAUUGGAGUGCUUUUCAGUUGCUUAUACCUUCAACUCUUAUAUCAACAUGCAGACAAUCUUUCCAAGGAAAUGGUUCCUCCUAUUUUCAGGAAAAAGAAGUCUAAGAAGAUUGGGAUAAGAAGUGAGGAUCUUAGGGACUCAUUUGAGAGAUCAAUUAAGGGAAGCGGUAUUGCUCUUUCAUCUCCAAGGAUUGUGAUACCGGCUGCAAUUUAUGGAUUGUGGGUCCUGUCACAUCAAUAUUUUCCCAAUGAUUUUUUUGAAAUCCAGAUUGUGCCUGCCAUGUUUGGGAUGUUUGUAUACAAAGCCUCAGCUCUCGUGCAAGUAUACAGGGAUAACGAUGACCUGAAGCUUGUUUUCCCAGAUAGUGGGGAAGGCUCAAGUGACUGAGAUCUUUGCUCAAGCUUGUCAAAGGUGUACGACCCCUCCACGCUUAAACCAUUUCAUAGUAGAAUGAGAUGCUUCCCAAAGAGCUUAGUAGGCACUACAGUUUGCAAUUCCUGCUCCCUUGAUUUGGUCAACCUAUGUUGAAUUCCUUGAGAAGGUUCCCGCGGAAAAAAACCAUCCCGAGGGUUACUCAGAAAUGGAACUGCAUGGUUUUCUAAAGUGAGUUCAAGCAAAGCUUGCUGGUUAAAGUCAACCCCCCUGCAAAGAACAUGACAAGUGCAACUCCAGCAUAGGCUUCACUAGUGGAAGUGCUUUGCGACAGUGUUGUAAUUAGAUCAUACAGAAUAAUCUAAUUUCUGUCUCUUCCAUGAAUUCUUUUAAAUGGAUUUGCCUAACACUUUCAUUUAUAAAUUCAGGUCCAUCUUCUGAAA